ACAGCCGCCUGAGACAAGACACCCGGGUCGGUGCUGCCGCCACCGGACCUAUUUUGCCGUCCUAACCUCGUCUGCGUCCUUCCCUCACCCUCGCUCUCGCUCUCACUCUCCCCGCAGCCGCGGCCGAUCCCUGGCUCUCGUCCGCCACCGGCCUGUCCAAGAACAGCCGCGAGCCUCCAACCCCCGGCAGUCACGUGCCUCAUGUCUCUGGCAUGUCCUUUCCAGCCCCGGCCUUUGGCUCUGUCACCCAAGGCCCCUUUGGCUUCGGCGGCGCCUGUGGCAAUCUCAACCCCAGCAAGACUCAUCCCAGUAUCGGCCUGGACAUCACCGGUGGCCUUGGGGCCAGUGCUGGCCCUGCCAACCCAAACCUGCAACUGCUCCCACAACCACAGCCACAGCCACAGCCACAACAACCACUCCCGCAACAACCACUUCCACAACCGCAGCCGCACUCACAACACCGCAAGCCGUCGCCACUCGUCCAGGCCAGCGGCUUCAACACCUUUCCGCUCGCUUAUGGAAAGUCCUCCACUCGACAGAGCCCUCUCAUCAUGAGACACGACUCUCCACCCUGUCCCAAUGAUCGAGUCAGCCCCAAGCCCAAUAGUUUUGGUUUCGUGGCGACGCAGGGUUCGUCACAGCCGUCUACCCAGGCAUUCCAUCCCACCUUGCCACAGCACAACUUCACCGGAUACCCCAACCCGACCCUCAAGCAAACUCCAGUGUCAUUUCCCUCUGGUGAGUCGCUGGUGAGCGGCAAUAGCAUUGGCCGCCGGACCCCUCCUUCCUACUACGUCACCAAGCAGUCCCCCUCGGCCUUGACGACGUCGGCGUACCAGCCCACGGGGAUUUCCUUUGACCACCCCAAGCCCAGCUCUGCUGCGAAGAAAAACGACGGCUGGGGUGGGCCGGCGCUACCAGAGGUGUAUCCCCAGAAUCGGCGCACUGGGGCGUUCACGGUCGGCCGUUCGCACGGAUUGCGGCCAAACCCAGUGCCCCAACGAUCCAGCACUCUGCACGGGGCUUUCUGCCACAGUGCCAGCCCAUACUCAAGCGAAAACCAGCCCUCCGCGGAAACGGGCUAUCCGGGAAUGUUCCCUCCAUCUGAUGCUGCAGCACAGAGGACUCGUAGAUCCGUCAUGGAUCCUUCGUUUUGGAAGGCAACUACUGGAACUUAUUGAACCCACCAUGGAAUGAGGGCCUUUGUCCAGCGCAUUUUACACCCUCCAUCCGACUCGAGCCCGCCCCAUUCAGGCAGACCUAAGUUCGUCAUCCAACAAGCCGUGGUUUCCCCUGCCCUCCCCUUAAUGGCUACUUCCCCACCCAUCCCAUCCCGUCCCGUCCCACUACGUUCUCUCUCUCUCUCCGUGAUGGAGAAGGGUGGAAUUCCCUUGGCCGUAGAGAUAGUAAGUUACCUCGUAACCCAUCCCUGUCUAACUGUCC